AUGGCUCCCAGAGGAAGACCCAGGAAGAAAACUAAUAACACAAGAAUGGACGCAGCUGUUGAAGCGAUGACGAAGGAGUAUGGGUUUUCUGAUGAACAGCUUAUAAAGAAGGUGGCGAAUCAGUUGCUCAAGGAAUACGGUGUUGGAGAUGAUGCGUGGUAUUUCAUCGAGCAGUAUUCUUACAAUGAGCUGCUUGAGGCGCUUCUGCGGCAUCAGAGUGGGAAUGAGAGGGAAAACCCUGACGCAAAUGAAGAUUUUCCGGCGGAUUUAAAUGAUCAAGAAAAUCUUGCUACAGGGGAGGAUUUGAUUAAGGAUGACUCCAUGGAAGGAGAAAAGACCAAAGAACAUUCUUUAACAGAUGUAGCAGGGCCUUCUUGUAUACAUUCGACGCCACCUUGCUCUGAGAUUGUAAAUGAACAAAUGGAAAUACAUGAACAAGAUGAAAAUAAGUCCUUUCCAUGCACAGACAGCGAUGGAAAUAGCUGGAAAGACAUUGGCUUGGAUCAAGCUUCUAAUCAGAGAGAGAGUGUGGAUGCCACAUGUGGCAAGGUUGAGGAAGGUAGCCAGAAUGAAGUUCCAGUUCCUGCAGCACCAGCUGGCCAUCAUCCAGUCCCUCCGCCCAAAUUCUCUGCUCCACCACCAUCCCUGCCACCUUUAAAAAUUAGGCCUCCAAAGAAAAGAGUUCAUCCUCCGAAUGGAUAUAUUGACAGUGAUGAAGAGGAUAAGGGCGAUGAGUUUAUUGAGUUUAUACCAGCUAAGGGGUUGAAGGAUUUAAAACCGGCAAAGCGCAGGAAACUGGUGUGGUUUACCAUGGAGCUACAUUAUUAUGACCUUAUUCCUUCUAAGGCUUUUGCAUCAUCAGCGUCAACCUCAUGGGGAAGAAAGAAGCCCGAGAAAAAGGAUGAUCAUUUACCACCGGCAUCAAGUCCUAACAAUGAUGCAAUGGAAAGACGUGAAACCAUGGCGACUCAGAGUGAUUGGAGAGCAUCCAUAAACAACCCCCAGAAGAACAAUGAUGCAAUGAAAAGACAUGAAACCAUGGCGACUAUGAGUGAUUGGAGAGCAGAAUGUAAAAUACACGAAGCUACGAGGAGGGCCACGAGGAUGGCCACGACGAUGGCACAAAACAAUCUCAAACAGCACUAUGGACGUCUUUUCUUCAGCAACAACGUGCAUAUUAACUAUACAGAAAUCCUUUAUAGGCUGGGUUUUAACAGGGAAACUUUCGGCAGGACCGAGGAUGACGCCAGAAGGGUUCCAGUUGGAUGGGAAGCUGCAGAUCCACCUCCUGGCCAUGAACCUGAACAUUUUUACGCUGAAUCUUGGAAGCAUUGGAAGAAAAACCUGUGGAACUGGAAGAAGAAGUAGUUUUGUCUCAAUAGCUGGUGCAGUACUGCUCUUUACUUAUUUGGUCGAUAUCCCUGUUUUUGGCUUCCUGUUAUGUAGUCUGCACAUGAAGCUUUUUGAUUUUGACAAAGUCAGGUAGGAAAUAUUCAUGCUAUCUUUUGAUUAUGAUACAGCAUUUUGGAAGGGUUGCUCCUCUUACCGAUUUGGUCAAAAAUUUUGUAAGAAAAACAUAUGCUCUGGUAAUGAGCUAUUCUUUUAGGCCGUA